AUGCUGCCAUUUUUAGAUUCGUUACCGGUUAUGGAGUCACAUUAUUGCAGGUCAUCAUCUCAAAAAAAAUAUCUUUUGGCUGAAUGGCAGUCUCGGCAAAGUGUUUACGAAUUUUAUAGCAAGGAUUGGUGCAAAUCGCGGAAAGAAGAGCCCCCUUCGAUAGCAUCGUUUUCUAAAACCUUCGAUGAAAAGAACUUUGCACUUUUCCGCCCUAAAAAAGAUGAAUGUGAAAAGUGUGUGAGCUAUAGGGUUGGACAACUUUCGGAAGAAGAAUUUAAAAGUCACGUACAGAGGAAAGUAGAAGCAAGAGAAGAAAAAGAAAAAGAUAAAAAGGAGAAACAAAAUGUUUUCACAGCAGAUUUGCAAGCCGUGUUGAUGGCACCAAAAUCAAAAGUUUCCACAUUAUACUACAAAACAAAGCUCCAAGUACAUAAUCUCUGUUUCUAUAACUUAGUGAAUUCCGAUGCCUAUUGUUUCAUAUGGAACGAAUGUGAAAGAGGUCUUGGUUCUAAGGAGUUUGCAAGAGCUCCCUAA